AAAUUGAGGAGGAGCGACAUUUUUAUUUGCAAAAAGGGAAUGAGGUGCGAAAUUGGCAAUGCUACUCCGGAUCCAAUGGAUCUCUAUUUCGAUCUUUAUACAAAACUAUCCCCUUUCUCCACAGCUCUUCCACUUCCAUUCAGAUGAGCUGGUUUGCACCUGAGGUUUGGAAGGUAUGUCGUGAUGGCUCCUUAUAGGCACAGUAGCGAAUUGCUGCCAGAUAAAAGAGGCAUCAUUGGAGUGGUUUUUAAGUCCCUUGAUCGGAGCAAGCAAGGCUUACGGGGUGUUCGCCGAGGGACUAGGUUUGGCAGGAUUAGUGUAAGAAGAUUAUUGUUUUGGAUGUUUUCAGUAGCAGUGCUCUUUUCAAUCUAUUUGUCACUCUUUGGCUUAAAGAUGCAGUUUCAUGGAAAAUUGGUACAUGACAUUUCAUCACUUCAAGUACAAGAAGAUUUUUUGGGAUCAGAUGACUUAGAGCAACCCAAAAGAAAGCCCCCCCGCAAGCAACAUUUCUUUCCUUGUGAGGUUGGGCUUUUGGGCUCGGUCAAUAAUCUUGUUGAGCCAAAGGAUUAUGCAAAUUUCACACAAUUCUCCUACUGGUAUGUUGAUAGAGAGGAGAAACCUUUUGGGGAUGACCAAUUUGAACCCAGAUUUGGAGGACAUCAAACCCUCGAAGAAAGAGAGAAAUCCUUUUAUGCAAGGAAUCAAACAAUUCAUUGUGGUUUUGUGGGAGGACCAGACGGAUAUCCAAGCACUGGAUUUGAUUUGGAUGAAAAGGAUAAGUCAUACAUGAAUACCUGUAAAGUUGUUGUAUCAUCUUGCAUUUUUGGUAGCUCUGACUUUUUGAGGAGGCCCACCAGCAAACUGAUCAGUGAGUAUUCCAAGAAGAAUGUUUGUUUCGUCAUGUUUUUAGAUGAGCAAACACUGUUGAAACUGUCAACAGAGGGGAAUGUUCCUGAUGAGAGAGGAUGUAUUGGGUUAUGGAGAAUAGUUAUUGUGAGGAACCUACCCUACAAGGAUAUGCGCAAAACUGGAAAGGUGCCAAAAUUUCUAUCACAUCGUCUCUUCCCUUCUUCUAGGUAUUCUAUUUGGCUUGAUAGCAAGAUGCGACUUCAGACUGAUCCGAUGCUGAUCCUUGAAUUCUUUUUGUGGCGAACUGGAUCAGAGUAUGCUAUUUCAAAUCAUUAUAUUCGCCACUGUGUUUGGGAGGAGGUACACCAGAAUAAGCGUCUAAAUAAAUACAACCACACAGCCAUCGAUGAACAGUUCAACUUUUACCAGUCUGACGGUCUCACCAAGUUUGACCCUUCAGACCUAAAUACUCCUCUUCCAAGUUAUGUGCCAGAAGGUUCAUUUAUUGUUAAGGCCCAUACACCGAUGUCAAAUUUAUUUUCAUGCCUUUGGUUUAAUGAAGUUAACCGUUUUACAUCACGUGAUCAACUGAGCUUUGCUUAUACUUUCUUGAAGCUGAAGAGAUUGAAUCCAGAUAGGCCAUUCUUUCUAAAUAUGUUCAAGGACUGUGAGCGCAGAGCACUGGCUAAGUUAUUUCGUCAUAGAGCAGUGCCGCCUCCACCAGCUUCUUGAAAUUCCUUAGGUGUUUUUGCCUGUCUCCAGGAUGAUUGACUGCAGUGGACUUUCAUCUGUGAAGUUCCAAGCACAACCGCAGCUAGUAAUGGUGGGCCCGCGAUUUUUUCAUUACGGAAUGACUUGAUCUUGGAUUUGUGUCUAUUUGAACCACUUUCCACCACCAUGAAACGGAUGCAUUGGUACACCAUUUUGACUUUCACCAGGUUUUGUUGAUGUAGAGUUUCUUUUAUGGCUGUUGAGCCCCACACUUAAAUACUUAGGUAACAUAAUGUAGGCUAUAGUAAUGCCCAGUGAAUUAUGCUUAUGUGUAGUAAUUAUGGCAUUAAAUAUAUUUUUUCGGCAUCCUAUCCAAACAAUUGUACAUUUUCUCACUGAAGUUUGUUUUGUAUAUUAGGUAUGUUCCUCUAAUUUAUUUAUUUAUUUAUUUUUUUCUCCCCCUUCA